UCGCGAGGGACACCGUGGAUUGCUUCCAGGGAUGUAUCAACACCGUUGGGAGUUUCAUGUGCACAUGCUUCCGGGGAUUCACUCUGGCUGACAACGGACGCACGUGUAGGAGGUUGCACGACUAUCGGAAUUCCCCGUGUUCAAAAAGAUCACAAACACAAGGCAGGCCAUGUACUAUAUCUCCGCAUGACCAAAUGUCAUCUGUCGUAAGACCUCCCCAGCCACGACCAUGUGAAUUAAACGGUGAUCCAUGUGGAUCAUCUUCACACCUCGACUUUGGAUCUCAGACUCCGUGUGGACCAGGAUUUACUCCAUGUGAUUCCUUUAAUCCGGAGAUUCCGGAGAUCCCUGUUUCAACAGACCAUUUACCACCAUGUAGGCCAGACACACAGCCAUGCGGAUCCAAAACACCAUGUAGAUCGGAAACUAAACCCUGUAUUGCGGUUCCGAAAAUACCGCCUGUGCUUGAAGAAUUUCCUCUUCUUCCAGGAUGCAUGGAUUCCAAUUGUAACCCACCUUUUUCUCAGGAAACAAUAGGUGACCGUCAGGAUCAGAUUACACAAUUCACGAGUACCAAGAUGCAGCCAGAACCUUGUAUUUCCGGGCCGUGCCCGUUUUUACCAGAAAUGCCUCCCGGUAAUUAUCCACUAUUUGACUCAAACAUACAAAAUCCAAGUCCUUGCUUAAGUAGUACAUGUGUACAUAACUCCAACACGCCUAUUAGAAACACAGAAUUUAUUGAACCAACGACUGAAUUUGUUUCCUCUGACAUACCGCCGUUUCCGGACGUUCCUCGGGGUACUUACCCUUGCCCUCGAUCUGGAUGCCGAACAGGAUACAAUAGUCAAGAUGUAUCCACUGUAUUUCAUCAAUCUUCAGACUUAAUGUCUAAACCACCAUACAACAUCGCCAGAAAGGUAGCUCCAUGCCAACCCGGCAGCAGUUGUGAAGUUGUCAAGCCCUUAUUCAUUGAGGAAUUCGUUGAUAAAGCCGCUGAGCAAACACCAAUGCUGUUGUCUGCCUUGAAGCGACCGUCAUAUGAAUUGGAACCGAUUACUGAAAACCAAGAUGAAAGGGAUGCAGACCAACAACACACAAGAGGUAAUAAUGACACCGACAGAUCAAAAGAUCACAAUAAAUUACACGCAUAUGAAUCUAAUACUAAGGCGUCACCGACAAUACUUCCUUUCAUUGACGAGACAAGUGAGGCCACGAAGGUUUCCAGGAUUCCAAUUAAACAAUCAGAUCAGUCUUUAAUAAGAAGACUACAUCAAAGAAAGAAGUUGAAAAUGACGCGUAAAAAUAGACGACGGAGGAAAAACAAAAGAAAACACAGACAGAAAAUUGCUAGAACUGGUAAACCAAAAAGAUUACGGAAUAAGCAGGACAGUGAGACGGUUGAAAAUGAACCUAGUAUAUACAGAACGACACCACCCCUUUCUGUUGAAUAUACUUCUGGAUCUCCUACGACAGUUUCCACGCUCGGAACCACUGACGUCCAAAGAUCAAACUUUGAAGAUAAAGUAAAAUCCUUUCUAACGGAGUUUAACAGGUUAAGAGGCAAACAGGGGGCCUUAAGUCAAACUGGUCAACACCAUGAAAAGGGGAUAAAGAAGGAUGAACGACGUUCAGGAGAACGCCGGAGACAGGGGCGAAUAUGUCGGGGCGAUCUUUGCACAUCGUACGUCAGCACUUCCCCAACUCAUCCUCCAGUCCCGCCAGCUCAGAAUACUAGUCCUAAUUCACCUGAUAUCAAUUCACAUUCCAGUUUGUAUAAUGCUGUUCUUCCUACUCCAACUCAACGUAGCGAAUCUGUAAAACAGCGAGUUAUCUGUGCAAACGACCAGGUGGCCGUGGACGUUCCUGGUGGCGCUAUAUGCCAGAAAAGGUUUAAUGGGACAAUACCACUACCAACGUGCCCACCAGGGCAAACAGUUACAAGGUCCCGCAUGGGGUAUGUGUGUGCUGCCGCAGGUGAACUUAGGCCUGUUUGUGGAAACGGUACCACCCUAAACCUAGUCAUGGGUAGGUAUGUAUGUGAGGAAACUGACUCCAACAUGUACAACUGGUGAGUCAAAAAUGCUGACAAACUCUGGAUGG